AGCAACAGCAACAGCAAAGUGAAAAAUCAAAUUAAUUUUUUAAAAAAAAUGUUUUCCUGGGUGUUUUUCGUGAUUGCUUUCAUUGCAACUUUUGCUAUUGUAUCUCAAGCUCAACCGCAACGACUGCAACCAUUUAGAUAUGACGAUCCGCGAGUUCUUCAAGCCGUUCAAGAUGCUUUUCAAAAUUACUUCAAGAACCUACCGCUACCAUGAUUAACAACCAAAGUUUUCAAUAACAAAAUCUCAUACUUAACCGAAGAAGAAUAAUGCGCAUUUAAAUGGCAAAUGGAAAAAAAUUUAUAAAUAUUAUUAUUAUUAUUUUUCUUUCUGAAUAAAUAAGUUUCAUCAUUU